AAAAAAUUCAUUUACUUGCAGUCACAUUACGUCACUUUUACGGAAGAUGAGACUUCAGAUCGACUGAAAUCACUGCUUAUUCGGCGUUGUACUGAAGUUAAUCAAUGCGAUUUUAUUGUAAGAGCACCAGGUCGUGUUAAUCUUAUCGGCAAGUACCUUUGUUUGGAACUAAUGUUUUACUUAUUUCAAAUUUCUCUUGAUGUCUAUUCCAUUUUAGGAGAACAUAUUGAUUAUAGUGGUUAUGGAGUUCUUCCAAUGGACCUUAAACAAUCAGUGUUUAUUGCUGUAGCAAAGUUAUCUGAAUCUUCCCAAGGAUUGGUCCAUAUCCUCUCUGAAAAGGAGAACUGGGAGGAGUUCACUUGCACCAUAGAAGAAGCAGAAACUUUCGCGCAGGAUGGACCUCCAUGUCCGUUGAAAUGGUACCAUUAUGUCCUUUGUGGUUAUAGAGGAUUUUGCGAUUAUGCUAGGCAGAAUUUUCCAGACUGGAAAGCUCCAUCGAUUUGUAUGCUCAUCGCAAAUGGAAAUGAUUCUUCUUAUCUGCCAAUGUGCGCUGGACUUUCAAGCAGCAGUGCUCUGGUUGUUGCUUCCGCAAUGGCCGUUAUGCGAUCUACAAAUAGCUACAUUGAACCAAAAAUCUUGGCAAAUAUCUGUGCGGCUUGUGAGCUUCUAAUUGGAACCAAGGGCGGGGGAAUGGAUCAAGCGGCCUGCCUCCUAGCUGACUCCACGGCCAUGAUGAUUGAAUUUACAAAGCCCCUAUUAACGACAACACCAGUGCUGAUACCCAAAGGUGGUGUCUUUUGUAUUGCGGAUUGUGGAGUUCGUUUGAAUAAAGCGGCCACACCCGACUAUAAUACCAGAGUGUCCCAAUGCAGAGAGGCUGCGCUGAUUUUGUUAAACAAUCUUGAAAAGAAGCCCGAAUUUAGGAAAGAAACCAUAACCCUAUUUGACGUUCAGAGGUAUUAUGCCAAAGAAAGACCAAUUGACAUGGUUGGUGAUCAGUCACCUUGGAUGAAGGCUUUUCCAAAUGCUUUAGCUGAAUCAAUUCCUGCACGCCGAUCUAUGCACUGUUACUCCGAAGCGCAAAGAGUUUUGAACUUCAAGAGGCUCUGUGAAAUGGCUGCCAUGGAAAAAUAUGAACCCGGUGAGGCGGAUCAAGUUCUGCGCAAGCUUGGAGAAAUUAUGAAUGAGAGCCAUCAUUCAUGUCGUGAUUUAUUCGACUGCUCCUGUCCUGAACUCGAUCGACUUGUCAAGAUUUGCACCUUCGCUGGAAGCUAUGGAAGUCGACUAACAGGGGCUGGGUGGGGUGGCUGUGUCGUUUCUCUGGUUUCGGAGAGUAAUAUUCACCAAUUCAUGGCAACAGUCGCAAAGAAUUAUUUCAACUCAACCCCUGAAGCCAUUCCAAACAAGCUAUUCUACACGGCACCUGGGCGUGCUGCUGGCUUCAUAGAUGUUUCCCCAAUAGUGACCAGAAACGAGCCUCCGCUGUAA